UACGUAACUUGAUAAGUGAACAAUAAUACAAACAAGUUGUCGUCAAAAACACUUCGCUUGUCGUCAUGCUUUAUCAGUGUUUAUCGAUUUCACUAAUUACAAUUGCAGAUAAGGCAGGCUACUAUUAUUUAAUUUAUUCCUCUCGCCCGCAUACACUGGGCAUAACUUAAGCCAUGGCGACAGUAGGGAAAAAGGUUAUAGUACUCGGAAACUUAGUGAAAAAUGUGAAUAAUUGCACUAAAAGAUUGUCGUCGCAUUUCGUCUAUCACCCCGAUGAUGGAGCGCCGGUGGAAGGAAAUACCUCUAAGAUGAACAUGAUGCAGGCAAUCAACAAUGCAAUGGAUAUCACCCUUAAGUCUGACCCCAGUGCGGUGCUGUUUGGUGAAGAUGUGGGAUUUGGUGGGGUUUUCCGGUGUGCACUAGGGCUACAGGAGAAGUACGGCAAAGAUCGCGUCUUCAACACUCCACUGUGCGAGCAAGGUAUCGCGGGGUUCGGCAUAGGACUGGCAACGGCGGGCGCAACUGCUAUAGCAGAGAUACAGUUCGCCGAUUACAUCUUCCCAGCGUUUGACCAGCUUGUGAACGAAGCGGCCAAGGUUCGAUAUCGCUCCGGAGCUCAGUUCUCGUGCGGCGGCCUCACUGUGCGCGCGCCCUGCGGGGCCGUGGGCCACGGGGGCCUCUACCACUCGCAGAGCCCUGAGGCCUUCUUUGCGCACGCGGCGGGACUCAAGGUGGUAGUCCCCCGUGGUCCGAUCGCAGCCAAGGGUCUUCUACUGUCGUGCAUCCAAGAGAAGGAUCCCUGCAUAUUCCUGGAGCCGAAGAUCCUGUACCGAUCAGCUGCUGAGGAAGUUCCCCUCGAGAGUUACACCCUGCCACUUGGGAAAGCACAGGUUUUAAGAGAAGGCGACGCGGCCACACUCAUAGCGUGGGGUACGCAGGUUCACGUCCUGCUCGAGGUAGCGGAGAUGGCUGAGCAGCAGUUGGGGGUACGCUGUGACGUCAUCGACCUCAUGUCCGUCCUGCCGUGGGACCAGGAGACCGUUUGCAACUCGGUGAAGAAAACUGGGAGGUGUCUGGUGGCGCAUGAAGCGCCGCUCACAUCGGGCUUCGGGGCUGAACUGGCCGCCACUGUACAGGAGGAAUGCUUCCUGCACCUGGAGGCACCCGUGGCCCGCGUGGCGGGGUGGGACGCGCCUUUCCCGCACGUGUUCGAGCCCUAUUACCUGCCCGACAAGUGGCGCUGUCUGGAGGCGCUGGCUCAACUUGUACAAUACUAAGAUAUCAUACUAAAUGUAUAUUAAAUUAUCGUUUUCUUUGAA